AUUGCCCCUCCGAACCCGAACCCAUGAGCUAGGUAUGUAGCGCUCUACAUCCUUCCCCCAGGAAGCCGACACCAUGCUGGAGCUGCAUCCGAAAGAGGGCCAAGAGGGAGGGCUGGUCACUGUCAUUACGUGAAUGCCGACCUGUUUUGUAUCAUACCAAGAUGUUUGUUUGAUCUUUCCUACCUCCCGUAUAUAACCCGUUCAGUAUCCGUUAUCAUGAUCGCGAUCAUGCAUCCAAAAUCAGUACAGGGUCCAACCCUUGAAAUCACAUCACUGUCAACUGCAUGCCUUUCUCUCAUGUUUAGUUCACACCCAUAGCUAUAUCACUAUAGUGGGUUUGGUUUUCAACUCCAGUCGUGAUAAGAAACCUAUUGUCUCAUCGCAACAUAAAAGAGGGUAGAGCAGCACUUUUCACGCCCAGCAACAGCAAUACCAUCUCUUCAGUCAGUGAACGAUUCACCGUUUCUAUUGACUGUCACCUCCCGUCGGUUAAAGGAAGCUCAGAUUCGAGCCUCAUCGAGCACGUUGGCGGGCCAUCAAGCUUCCGACGAGCGGCUCCGCUGGGGUCUGUCCUCAGUUAAGCAGGAACCUGGCGCCAGUGAGACGCCAGAGGCGGAUGCCAUCAUCGUCGCCUCUCCCUAUUAUACCUCGCAUCAAGCAUUUCUCCAUACAGCGCCAGGCAGGGAAACUUUAACCUUAGACACGGAAUACACGCUCUUUCCGCAGCUUCACGCAGACACCGAUCAUGACCAGACUACUUUUCAGCACACACGGCGGGAAACCACGCCUCCCAUGGCUGUGACACCUCAGGACGACCACAGGUCGUCGGCGGGAUCUCGAUACGAGUGUUCGUCAUGUCCCAAGACGUUCCCUCGAGCGUGUGAUCUGAAAAAGCACAAAAAGUUUCAUGAGAGGCCCGUCAAAUGUCCUUAUGAAGACUGCACAUUUCAUGAGCGUGGAUUUUCCAACGAGAAGGAGCUGGAUCGUCACAUCAACGACAGGCAUACGGAAUCACCACAAAUGUACUCGUGUAGUUACCCUGGCUGCAGCCAUAAGUCCAAGCGGGAGUCGAACUUGAAGCAGCACGAGAAGAAGAAACACAACAUGGCUCACCAACGAAACCGGUCUUCAGAAUCAUAUGUCUGUCCGUUUGUGGGCUGUGAUGGUCUCUGCCGCAACGAACUGGAAACACGAGGCCGCCACGGUCAGCCGACUGAGAGCCACUUCAUGGACGACUCUCUGUCAGGCCAGCCGAUUUUUCAGAUCCCUGGUAUUUGGUCGAAUAGUCCCAUGGAAAAUGGUCUACCCUUUAUGCUACCUACGACUUUGGUCGCAUCUCGCAACUUGGCUGCCGUCACAAAGACAGAACACCCGACACCCUUGGCCUACCCAUUGCUCCGAUCGCCAGACCACAAUGAAAAUCUCAACUCUGCACUGUCCAGACUCCAUCAGCUUGCAAUUCCUGGGCAUGAUGGCACGCCAGUUCAAGGUUUGGCAAUAAACUCUACUCAAGGUAGAGAAUUGUGGAAUCUUGCUGAAGCGAUACCGUCGGUUCCACCAUCUGUCAAUUCAACAAACUAUUCCGGGUCUUGUGCUGUCCAGGGAAAAGGCGCUUCGUCUAUAGACAGGAAAGCGACUCCAACACGAAAGCGAAAACGAGGCAAUGACAACGACCCAAGAAUCUCGGGCACUGGCGCCUCUCAUGCUUUUGAUACAGGAGAUGGGGAGGAUGAAAGCGUCGACGGUGCCGCUGGAGACUCGGAAUACGAUCCAUCCGACGAUCACAGAAGCCCCAGCUUGCCCUCCACAGAGUUCAAUAAUUCCUCCCGACUGCAGUGCCCCUUCAAGCAUGUAAACCCUCAGAUUUAUUCAAGCUCGAGCGAAUCAAGGUACAAACAGUGCGAAGUCGAACGCGGUCCCAUAUCACAGAUAACGCGUCACUUAACCAGGAGGCAUGGCUUGAGUGUAGCAAACAACUGCAUCUCAUCCUUUGACGCUCCGGUGUUCGACGGCAUUCAGCAUCCUUCUGCUAGCCUCUGCAAAAACUGCUGGAAAACCUUCACCGUCCCGGCAGAGUCCGACAGCCACUUCUCUCGCAAGUGCCCUCCAGAGGCUCGAAAAGCCCUCAGCCGCCCAGAGAAGUUCAGGCUUCUCUGCGAUACCUUUUGUACAAUCGUGCCUGCAGCAAACAGCUCAUCCGGUCGCUCAGCGGCAGCUCAGCGCCGUGAGCACCAACCUAGACGGCCCAGCAUGCUUUCCCACGUCAGUUCCGCUCCGGCUCACGACUACUUCCACGACCCACAGGAUGCCUCUCACGACGGCGAUCAAGUUGCAGCGCUGCAGGCGCGGAUCGCGAGGAUUGACCAGCGCAUUGAUGAGCUCGACUUUGAGAAAUCCGAACUGUUGAAGCAGGUCCAGCAGCUGACACAGGUGGGAGGAGUGGCGCAUCCUAUGAACAACAUGGAGAGUCAACCGAACUCGCAAGCGACAGAAAGGGAUGUUCUUGUGGGCGGCAUGGACCGUUCAACCGGGGAGGAUUCCGAUAUCGCCAACUUUCCAGAUGAUGCCGAGUCGACACUUGCCUCAUACGAAGCCGAGAUGACCAGUAUGUUUGAUGAAAACAUGUUGGAUGGUUUCUUUGGGAGCACAUAGCCAGACCCUUGGUGAUCUUGCGAUAUGGUCAUCGGUUUUCAGGGUCUAGCUAUUUUUUUCAUGUGGUAAAAUGGGGUUUGGUCGCCUUUCGCUGGCUAUUUUUCAUAUUUUGUUAAGAGGGGUUUUGGUUGGCUUUGGUUGUGCUUUUUCACACAUCCAUUUUUCAGAAUGAAUGUACUUUCCUACGUGAAAUUCUUUCAAUCAUCGAUAUAGACUUUGUUUGGAGGGCGAUACAUCCUUUAUACUUGUGGUGCGGCCAGUUGCUGAAUAAAGCAGUCUUGCGGGAGCAAAUCAUGGCCCGGCUCCGAAAUAUGUGCGAGCCGGCUUCGACCGGGGACCCCACCCGGAGCUGCCGAGAUUCGAUAAGCGAUAAGGAAAUGAUUUACGCGAAUCAGACCCAGCCCACCGUGACGCGAUCUUGGGGUGACGUCCGUCCGCAGUCCAACAUCAACCUUCACCAAUUCAAUUGCGU